CCAACUUUGUCGAUUGAAUGUUGACCGAAACUCUCUAAACAAGAAAUUUCAGGUUCUGUUGCUGACUUUGACGAGCUUAGAAUAUCGGCAACCAAGAAGAAUUUCAUCCAACAUAAGGUGAGACAUUCAUUAAAUGCUCACUAGGAUUCUACCGAGAUAACUAACGCAACGCCUUUUUCAGAGCGUUAAUCUGAAUUCAACAUGAAUCUAAAACUUUGCGAWGUGAUGAUUCUACUUCUAGCUACUGCUUCGACGGCAGCUGCAUUAGAGUUUAGUGAUGCCGACACUCAYAGUCUUGCWAUAGCAUUCUUGGUGCUGUGCGCCAUCGUUUUGUUGGUGGCCGUGAUUAUUGCAAUCGUGAUUUACCGUARAGUCAAGCAGAAAGUAGAAGGGAAAAGUGUGGGUUCCAAAUACAACUUGGAAUAUAGAAGAACCACAAAGAAGAACGACAACUUCARCUCURUUGGUGUGUAUGGGUAUUACGCRGAYCCAGAGCCAGUUGGUUCUAUCUAUCUUCCUCUUGACCGUGAAAAGAGAAUUGAAGAAAGCAAUGGCUAUGCGUACUUGAAGGGCAAAGACAAUGAAGGAGCCAGCACCUACGAGAAUCUCAGCAGCAGCAACUCGUUUACACCCAAAAAUAAUGUUUACGAGAACCCGGGAACAGUUAUAAAUGGUSACGCAWAUGUUGAUGACGAUGACAGUGAACACGAUUAUGAGAUGGCUGUUGAUCCYAGUGUUAGCACUCGUGGUCCUGCUUACGAAAACCCACCAGUCAAGRCCAAAGACGCUGAAAGUUCUUUUUAAGUCACUGCUUUUAAGAUUUAAAAAUCUUUUYCUCACUCCUCUAUGUAAACUAAUUUUUAACCCGUCAAACUUAUAUAGAACGUACACUACAGUAAGAAGAUUUGAAUUGGAGUCUACAAGCAGUGUUCAUAGACUCAAAUCCAACAAGURGUUUCUAUUUCAAAGGUUGAAAAUCACUCUUAAAUAUCGAUCGCAAAGCAUCUUGGCUGCUUCUGCUUUUUUUAAACUUUAUAAAAUAUAUUUUCAGUGUUUGUGACUAUUCAAUAUUUACCGGUGCCUAUAAAUUCACUAACACUGCUAAUGCAUAUUAACCUACUAACAUAAUAUUUAACAUAAGAAUGAUCAAAUAUCAUCACCAAUAGAUAAAAACUAACCUACUAAUAUACUAAUACUACGCUCUUGCUUAACUAAUUCAAUGUUCUUAAUUACUAGAGUCAUAUAGAUGGCUGAUUAGAAACUGACAGCCACUCGCACUGGUAGAGCGAACACUGCGUGAAUAAGUACUUAACAAAUAGUGCUAAAUAAUGUAGAUCAGACAAAAACAUAAUUGAGUAAAAUUUGYCUGUACUUUCAAUUAUGUUACCAUUUCAUGAUUUUAGUGUUUGCACUCUACACGAUUAAUGGAAUAAAGUAUAAAGUAAUUUCACUUUU